AUUAAAAGUAUAUAUACCUAUACUAAGUGUGUGAACCAAAAAUUAGUAUAUAUACCUAUACUAAGUGUGUGAACUGAACAUUUUUGGUGCGUGAAAAUAGAAUCUCUCGAAACCCCUUCAUUCAAUACAGAAAUUUUGUAAAAUUUUUUUUUUUUAAAAUUAUGUUUCUAUAUCACUACCAUAUUUGUUUGCAUUGGUGGCCAAACCCCCCUACUCAUUUUUUAAAAGAGUUGCUAGGAUCCCAGAAUUAUUUACCCAGAAAAAUUCCCUAAUAAACAUUGGAGGGUGGAGAUUUAUUUCAUGUGUGGGCUCCAUUAAAGAAUUAAAUCUAAACUACACAAUAAAAUUCACUUAUAAAUUCUAGACAACUUUUCUAGGAUCCUAGAGUUUUUCAUAAUAAAAACCCCCAUCACCUUCAAAGCAUAUCACCUUCUUCCUCAUCAACUCUCAUCACUCCCUUCCUUUCCUUUCCCAUUCCAUUCAUGGCUUCCAACCAAACAUCUCUUCAAAACUCAACCUCAACCCCAACCCCCAUUCCUGAUAUUGAGCAACAAACCACUCUAGAAUCAGAAAAAAAAGACUUCGACUACUCCACAAGGGCCCAAUGGCUCCGCGCUGCGGUCCUAGGAGCCAACGACGGGUUGGUCUCCAUCUCCGCUUUAAUGAUGGGUGUUGGGGCUGUCAAACAAGACGUUAAGACCAUGAUCUUAAUCGGCUUUGCCGGUUUAGUGGCCGGCGCUUCUAGCAUGGCCAUAGGAGAGUAUGUCUCCGUUUACUCUCAACUCGAAAUAGAACUGGCUCAAGAGAAGAGAGACGAGAAAAGGGUUGGCGAUGGCGAUAGUGGUGGCAGUACCGGUGGCAAUGGCGGAGAGAACAAAGAAGAAGAAAAAGAUGGGGGUAGACCAAGUCCAGGGAAGGCGGCUGCAGCUUCGGCUAUUGCAUUUACGAUGGGGGGAAUCGUGCCAUUGCUAGGGGCAUCAUUUAUAAGGAAUUAUAAGGUGAGAGUAGGGGUGGUGGUUGGAGUAGUGAGCGUUGCUUUGGUGGUGUUUGCAUGGUUGGGGGCUGCGUUAGGGAAGGCACCAGUAGCAAGGUCUAUUGUGAGGGUUUUAAUUGGAGGUUGGUUGGCUAUGGCCAUAACCUUUGGAUUGAUAAAGCUUGUUGGUUCAAGUGGGCUGUAAUGAACUCUUGUAUGUUUAGUUU